GCUGCCGUUAAACACCACAGAAGAAGAAUUUCCUAGCGUCCUUUGCUGGGCUGCUACAAUGUUGAGGUCGCUUAUUAAAUUAGGACGUCCUUCAUCAAAAUUAAUAUUAAAUAAUAAUGUGGUGAGUCCAGGUUGUACGGUGCUUCCGACCAGGCAGAAGCAAUGGCAGCCGGAUGUGGAGUGGAUGAAGCAGUAUGGUGGGGUGGUAAUGUACCCCUCUACUAUAAAUGAGAAUUGGCCUCUGCCCCCAUGGAACGACAAAGAUCCUCCUGCGGUAAAGGAGGUUUCCAACCUGACCAUUAACUUUGGUCCCCAGCACCCAGCGGCUCAUGGCGUGCUACGCCUGGUGAUGGAGCUCAGCGGCGAGUCGGUCAAGAAAUGUGACCCUCAUAUCGGCCUGCUUCACCGCGGCACCGAAAAACUCAUAGAAUAUAAAACCUACCUGCAGGCGCUGCCGUACUUUGACCGCCUGGACUAUGUUUCCAUGAUGUGUAACGAGCAGGCGUACUCUCUGGCUGUGGAGAAGCUUCUCAACAUCCAGGCUCCGCUCCGUGCACAGUGGAUCAGAGUGCUGUAUGGAGAGCUGACUCGCAUCCUGAACCACAUCAUGGCCGUGACCACGCACGCCCUGGACAUCGGUGCCAUGACGCCGUUGUUCUGGAUGUUUGAGGAGAGGGAGAAGAUGUUUGAAUUUUAUGAGCGAGUCUCUGGCGCGAGGAUGCACGCCGCCUACGUCAGGCCCGGAGGAGUUCAUCAGGAUUUACCUCUUGGUCUCAUGGAUGACAUCUAUGAGUGGUGCAAGAAUUUUUCCAUCAGAAUAGAUGAAGUCGAAGAGAUGUUGACCAACAACCGCAUAUGGAAGAAUCGUACUGUGGACAUCGGAGUGAUUUCUGCAGAAGACGCCCUGAACUAUGGCUUCAGCGGCGUGAUGCUGAGAGGCUCGGGCAUCAAAUGGGACCUGAGGAAGUCUCAGCCGUACGACAAAUACGAAGAGGUGGAGUUUGACGUCCCUAUUGGAAGCAAUGGCGACUGUUACGACAGGUAUCUGUGCAGAGUGGAGGAGAUGAGGCAGUCCUUGAGGAUCAUGCAUCAGGCCCUUAACAAGAUGCCAGAAGGUGAGAUUAAGGUCGACGAUGCAAAAGUGGCUCCGCCCAAGAGGUCCGAGAUGAAGAUGUCCAUGGAGUCUCUCAUCCACCACUUUAAACUGUACACAGAGGGCUACCAGGUGCCGCCCGGCGCCACAUACACCGCUAUAGAGGCGCCAAAGGGAGAGUUUGGCGUUUAUCUGGUGUCAGACGGCUCCAGCCGGCCGUACCGCUGCAAGAUCAAAGCUCCUGGAUUCGCUCACUUGGCUGGCCUGGAUAAAAUGUCUCAAGGACACAUGCUCGCAGACGUGGUGGCUAUUAUUGGCACUCAGGACAUCGUGUUCGGCGAGGUCGACCGUUAACAAGCUUCAUCCUCGACGCCGCUCGUCUGUCUGUCAGGUUCUGUCGUCACUCUGCGCGUCGAGGCUUCACCAGAUUAUCUGUACAAUCUCCAAAUAAAUGUUAAUAAUUUUCUGACCGA